AUGGUGAAAUUAAAACAUAAAAACUCUCUGGAUGGGCUGGAUGCCUGGUACGAUGAGAAAAUGAGAAGAAAUAGUACUCCGGAUUAUUUACUACAGGGCAUUCCAAAACAAACUAGUCCAGGACACAAUGGCGGCUCUAACAACCUAUCCCAUAGUGCAAUAGAAUUAGGGGAACCACCAGCCAAUCAAGAAAAGCCUUCGACCAGUAGUGGUGCCGAUUCCUUCUAUUUACAAGUUCCAGAUCCAUUCUAUUAUAAUCAUGUAGUUAACAGACGUCGACAGUCGUUUGAUAUAUCAACUGAUUCUAGUUCAGCUUCUAACAGCAAGAGUGGAAUCAGUAUCAAAGUCUGCCCGACAAUAAAUGUUGGUGAUGUAAAUAUGUUUUUUAAUAUCAGACUUUUGGAAAGUUUUGGACUUCAGUAA